UAGCUAACGCACAAAACCUUGUUGUUUGGAGUGCGUUGGCUCACGUUGCAGCUCAGGUCUCAGCGGUGGAUAUAAAGAGCAGAGCAGCCUCACCAGCAUCAUCUCCAUUCUCAUCAGCCGAUACCUGGACAACCGUUGCUCGCAGACCUCACGUUGAGUCUCAUCGUCGCUCGUCACCCUUCACCAUGAAGACCUUACUGCUCCUCACUGUUUUGUUCGGUGCUGUGCUCUUCAUCACAGCUGAAGUUGAUGAAGUAAAACCACAACCAAAGGAGGAGGUUGUGGAAGAAAAGAAAGUUGAACCUGUUGCUCCUGAAGCUGUUGGAGAGAUGGAUCCUUCACCUGAAGUUCGCUUCUUUACUUGUCCUACUGGGUGGGAGCCAUACAAGGGUGGCUGCUACCAGUUUGUGAGUUCCAGCAGAUCCUGGUCCAGUGCUGCGUACUACUGCAACAGUUUCGGAGCCUCUUUACCUUCUGUCCACGAUCUGUUUGAGUACAGUUUCCUGCAGAGCCUGACCAGGAGAGCAGGAUACAGCACCGCCUGGACGGGAGGUUUCUACUUCCAGAGCUGGAGGUGGUUAGAUGAGAGCACCUACAGUUACCAAAACUGGGGGACCCAGUACUCUACCUCUUACGCCUGCAUUCACGUGAAUGCCAACGCUGCCUGGUCCAACACAAACUGUGCCUCCUCAUUAGGCUUCAUCUGCAAGACAAAAACCUGCUGAAAAGAAUUAUAUAUUUCUUAACUGCAUCUGAUUACGUUCUCUACGGUGGAACUAGAGCUUCCAACUAAAUCAUUAAAUCGCUUCUGCUUUUAUGGAAAGUCUGAAUUAUUAGCUGUAGCACAUUCAUGACACUUCAUCUUUACUCGUUCAAUCCAAUUUCUAAAAAUGUGUUGCCUUUCGUUUGUUUGGAUUUUUAUCAAUAUAAAUACGUAUACAUUGGUUUGUGUUUCUAAAAAUUUUGCAAAAUAAAAAAAAGAAAGAAA